GUACCUGCGCUCACUUUCCAGGAGCUUUGCAGAAGCACCCGUUGUUACGUGUCACUGAAUCUGCGGCAGAAGAGGCCAUCCUUGUCCCACUAGCCUCCACCUGCCCCGGAAGAUGGUGAAGUACGGCCUCGACUACACGCGGUGCAGAUGGAUCCUACCCCUUCUCCUGGGCAUAGGCGUCAUCUUUGGUAUCAUUGCACUGGCGGGAAGGGGCUGGCUGGAGUCGCAGACACUGCCCUACGUGCAGCAAGCGUCGUUAUGGGAGAGCUGCAGGAGGCCUGAGCAGGGUGGGGAAUGGACCUGCGAGUCCCUCAUGAAUUACGCUUGGGGAAGAGCUGCUGCUGCCACGUACCUGGUUGGCUUUUUACUUCUAGUCAUCUGUUUUGCUCUGGCCAUCAUAGCAUUUGCCAUUGACACCCUUCGGUUCAACUUCAUCCGUGGGAUUGGAGGCUUGCUUUUUGUCGCUGCUGUGUUCUCCAUUAUGGGCCUGGUCAUUUAUCCAGUAAAGUUCUCAACUGAAAUUGAAAUGACGGGAAUCAAUAUGUUCAGCUGGGCCUAUGGCUUUGGCUGGACCACUGCCAUUAUGGAAAUAUGCUUGGGAUUCUUCUUCUGCUGCCUUCCUAACUAUGAAGAUCAGAUCUUGGGUAACGUGAAGCCCACAUAUUUUUACUCUUCCCCAUAAGGAACAGGAAAAUGUGUUUGUACCCCAGACAUAUCUGACAUUUUCCAGAAUAUUAUCGUCAGAUGUUAGUAGACAAGGCUGGUAACUUUUUGAAUGCGUGUAGAAAAAUGGUACUGGCAUUCUGCAAUAAAGUUGUCUAUUCUAUUUU